AUGCAAUUGUCCGUGAACCAGGUCAUCAUGCAAAGUAAACAGGUGAUGGAAAUUGCACAAACAACCGUGUUCGUGCAAAGUGGCUAUGAGCAGAUCAAAGAACUUUGGCCGGUUUCAUUCGCGCGUUGGAUCAUGAGCGUAACAGAAAUCAAAUACGAUUCGCGAGCGAUAUACUCAGACAGUAUUCCAAUUUCACUUGCAGAGUGGAUGGUCAUCAAUGAGAAGUUUAUGCGUAUGCCUGAACAUGGGCGUCAAUUGUUAAUCCAUACAUAUGAGGGAUUCCGUAACCAAAAGAUGAAUGUAGAGGUGAAUUGCACGAAUGACGAAAUCCGUUGUGUCUUGGUGUCUAGCUUUGAAAAACAAGGCGAAGCAAACAUCUGGGCUGAUUGGGUGCAACGUCUGCUACGUCUGCUACAGUAUCACACAGAGUUGCCUGGGAGUGAUUUUGGACAGAAAUAUCCAGAAAAAUUAAUUGCCGUCUUGUUUCCAAGGUCAAAUGUUCCAGACAGCCGUAGUGAAAUUUCAGCUCGCAAUUACAAGGACGAGCACAAAUUAAACUCACUCACAACUGUGCUUGCCAAAAGCGCCUGUAAUUUGCUUUCUGGAACACAUCAGGUUGAUGAUGCUCGAUUUGAUGCCGCUGCACUGAACCCGUAA